CAAGAUCCAUGCCCAUUACUAGACCUUAAUUGGGUGACGAAAAUAAACAUUGCAAACUUUGUGUUAACAAAGAUAUCAUAAUCCCGCAAGUGACAAGCCUCUCAGGGUCACGGGGUCCGUUUCGCAUCCCUUCAACUGCCCCACGGAAAGAGGAAGAAUAUACGCAUCCCUCCACUUGAAUGUGUACGCAGUUGCGUACGCCUGUGUAUCAUGUUUGUGCUGCACAAUUGAGUCUCCUCUGUUUUUCCAUUAUGCCUUUACAUCGGAACUCAUCCUACAGUUUCUCUUCUAGCGUUUGCUUAGAUCCAUUUUCUUGCUUUAUGCAUUCCGCAAUAUGUGUAUAUGUGUUUAUGUUUAAUUGCAUGUUGUAUGUAGUUGUUUUCUGACAAGUAGUGAUUAGUGGCGGAGGAGAGUCAUGCAAGGAAUGCUUUAUUUAAUUCCGGAAUUCUGGGUGUUCAGGUGUUUUUGUCUCAUGUACAAAGUCUUCUUUCAGGGUUAAAUUUCUAGUAUUUGGGUUUUAAGAUUUGAUAUAUAUGAAUGUAUGGAGAGAGCAGACCUUGUCAUUGCUGAAAUUGAAAGUAAUAAAUUCGGGAGAAACUUUGAUGUUUCUUUCCCUUUAUGUUUUUACAUGCAUAUUUUCUUUUUUUUUUUUUUUUGUUUAUGAGUUGAUUUGAUUAGUUCUGAUCAGGUAUGAGACUAUGAGUCUCAUUUUACAUGUAAAUUUGUAGCUACUUGCCGCAUUUAAUGCCAUUGAAUUUUACUUGCAACAAACUGGGUCCCUUAAGAAUAGCUGAAAACCUACUCAAUUGCCUUUUUGUGCUUCCCGCCUCCCUCCAAUCUUUGGUUUGUGCUUGAGGCCAAUCCGUUGUAUUUUUUCUCUUUUUUGGGAUUUUUACUUGGUUGUUGCAUUGUUCUUUUUCCUUCUGAGAAGGCAUUGAUUACCAUAUCUGAUUUUUCGUGAAUUUUCGGUUUCAGGUUCGGGAAAGAGGAGCUCCAAAAUUUGAGUUAAUUGCUUUCGCUUCUUGAAUUGUUUUGAAAUUGAAUUUUGGAAGUAAGGUUUGAUAUUGUUGUUUGUGGGCUGAAAGAUGACUAGACAUGAGGGAGGGAAGGGGAAGAAAAUUGCUAAAGCUUCACUGAGUAAAGGGAUAGAGAAUGUGCAACAAAAUUUAAUUUUUGGAAGAUAUUCUGAAGCAGAAAUGUUAGUUCAGCUAAAACGACUCGCCUUGGAUCCUUGUAGGCCGCAGUUUGCACGGGAUAAUAUUAAGCCCUUGUGGGAUCAGAUACUAAGGCUCCGAAAAGUUAUGGUCCUUAAAGAUUCUGAAAUUCCCUGGAGAAAGCGGAAACUUGACCAGUUCGUCAAUGAUAAGCUGAGAGCUUGUUCUGGCCUUGGUCUGCCUAACCAACAAACCGUAACAAAAAAGAAUAGGAGUCAGUCAUCUCAUGCUUCAUCACUCUCAUGCUUGCUCAAUUCAUUUGACUCCACUCAAUGUCAUGAUGACAAGUUUAUCUUUGAUUCUCGUACUUGUAGCAGUUUGACAUUUGACGAGGCUUUGCCGGAGAAACAGGUACCUACUGAAUGUUCCUUUUUAGAUGAUGUAGUACAUCGGAAUAGCCCUGGCAAAGAUGUGUCUCCAACCGUAGAUUCUGAUGAAUCUGUAAAUGGUUCAAACCCGCUGAGUCCAGAGAAUGAAGCACCAACUGUAGAAAUUAGUAAUGCAAUUCACUUUUUGAAUUCACCAACCUUGGAUGGGCUACAGAGGAGACAUCUUCAGCCUCCUCGACGGUCAAUUAGGUUACUGAAUUUCAUUGGCGAUCAUCUUCAAAGAAAAGCUAUUCCAGUUGGGCCACAUUUCCAGGCUGACGUUCCUGAGUGGAGUGGCCCAGUGAACAGGAGUGUUCUUAUUGCUGCAUAUAAUAGCGAUUCUGAUAAUUCCAAGUGGUUGGGUUCCCGAGUUUGGCCAAUUGAAAUUGGAAACAUGAAGACCACUGGAAGAACAAUUGGAAAGGGGAGACCCAACUCCUGUUUCUGUGUGUCCCCUGGAUUUUCUGAUUGCACCAUACGCCACAUAGUUGAGGAAAGGCUACUUCUGCAAUGUGAUCUCGGACCUGCUUUUUUUAGUUGGAAGUUUGAUGAGAUGGGUGAGCAAGUUUCAAAUUCAUGGUCACCAAAGGAGCAACAAACUUUUGAGUCACUGGUGAAAACAAGACCAUCAUCCAAUGUGAAGAACUUUUUGAAGCGUGCGUUGAAGUGUUUUUCUAAUAAAUAUAGGAAAGACAUUACAAACUAUUACUUUAAUGUUUACGUUCCCCGUCGCAUGAGCCUGCAGACAAGGUUGUCACCUGUAAAACAAGUUGAUACUGAUGAUGAGGAUGAGACACAAGAUUUUAAUUACAUGGGUUUGCAGAAAAGAUCUGGACGGAGGAGUCUUACAAUCUGCAAUCCGAAGAUGUAAACCUAAUAUAUUUACACUGGGUUUCUUAGUAGAUAAGUUGGCACACAACUAUUUUCCAUGAGCCUUAUUAGAAGGUAUGUUUCUUAUACAUGACAUUCACAUUCAUGUUUCUUGGUUUCCUGAUAUACAUAAAGAAAAAAAUUGUUUCUCAUAGCAUCUUAAUCUCUUAAUUUUUCAUCAAUUCCACAGUUAUUUUAUAAUAUUCUGGGUGCCCAAUUUUCCCCGUGUUCAUUUCUCAUGUAACCGUACCUUAUUUUAUGGUAUCUGGAGAAAGAGAAUGCACAAGAUCUUGUUCCUUAUUGUACGGUACCUUCGUGUUGAUUUCUUCUUUCAUACAGAACUAGAGAAUCAUCACGGUGAUAUGAAGAGUUGUUCUUGUUAGUCGAAAAUGAGUUGCAUCAGACUUAAGUUGAGUUAAUUGAUAAGUGACUUCAGGGUGUUUGGCUGAGCUUAGAAAGAUCUUCUCGCCUCUUGAGCUGCUUAUUAUUAGCAGCUGGACAUCUUCUGAAAUUAAGUUCAGAUACUUUAUGCGGAUGUUACUUUUGUCUUACCAUCAACUAUGAAUUUUCAUCUGGCUUCGAUCGGCUUAACUUGUCGAAUGACUUUCUGUUCAUGCUCUGCAUCGAAGGAAAAGAUUUUUGUUGUUUGUGCUGAAAUUAAUUUUGACAAGGAUGCAAACUUGCAAAGCUGCUGUAC